UGACAAGCGAAAAAAAAGAGAAUCGAAUCCGUUACACGAAGAGUCGAGAAAGCGUCAUCAAAUAUUUUCACGAAUCUCGUCGAUGUAAAAAAUAAUUCUCCGUUAAGAACGGUUCACUGAGAUUUUGCAAACUGCAACGAUGGCUAAACUCGGUCCGCAAAAGGAGUCGGAAAUGGUAACCAUAUUAAUAAAAAAAAAAAAAAAAGAAAAAUACCAAGUUUUUCAUUCGUCUCUAAUCGAGGAAACAUUUGUUAGAACGAGGAAGACGCACGCUUGCAAGAAGAGCUGUACCAGUUGGUCGACGUGUUGAUGGUAACAAUAACGCUAUAUGCAAUUCGCUUUCUUAACCUAAUAACUGUCAUAGAUACGCAUGUAAUUACAUUUCAUAAAGCGUUAGCUGCUAAAACAAUUUCAAAUCCAAUCGUAACUCAAACCUUCGGUGUCACAUCGAUCGCAUUUUUUAAUUAAAAUUCGAGGGGAAAGACGAAGAUGCGAUGUUGAUAUCCCUGAGUCAACUUCGAUUGUUGAUGCAAACCUCGACAACAUCGAUGACUUCCGUACCGAAACCUCUCAAGUAUUUGAAGAACUCGUACAACGAUAUGAAGAACGCGCAUAAAAGGAUUCGAAGGAGGGAUGUGAAACGGCAAUUCGCGGAAGUAUUGAGCGUAUUAUCGAUGGCUGGAGCCACGCCUGGUUCCAAAGAAUGUUUGCGAUAUUGCACCGACGGUGAAGUGACGAAUCCUGGUGAGUGGGGUCACGAGUACGUCAGACAGCUCGAAGCUGAAAUUGUAGACGAGUGGACGAACGCUCUUGUAAAGGACGAGGACCGUAUCAGAACGCAGCUUACUCCUUUGGUAAACGGUAUCAUAAAAUUCGACAUGAAGCACAACGCCGAAAUACCUGGAUGCGAUCUAUGUUUGGAGAUCGAUCAAUUGAACUUUUUAAACGAAAGUUUGGAUAAUACGAAUUUUGAGAGGGUUUGUCGGUAUCUGGAGAGUUGCGCGGCCUACAGCGAGGAUAUCGAAAGAAGACAAAUAUUGCAAACCGUGGUCGACCAUUAUCUACGAUUUCAAGAAUAUUGCAAAGCAAUGUUAGUGGCCCUUCAAUUAGGAGACUCGGAUCUCGUGCACAAAUGUCUCACCACCUGCCCUGACGACUUAAUGCGAAAACAAUUGUCAUUUAUACUCGUAAGACAAAGGGAGAAUCCAUUAAAGAAGGAUUACGAAGGAGGCGAUGCCAAGGAUAUCGAAGCUAUCUUAAGCAACAGUCACGUCAAUAAUCAUUAUCAUUUGCUGGCGAGGGAACUCGACAUUCUGGAACCCAAACAUCCGGAUGACAUUUACAAAACCUGGCUGGAAACUAAUACCCUGAGACGAGCGGAAUACGACUCAGCCAGGGCCAAUCUAGCAGCUACGUUCGUUUCCGGUUUCGUUCACGCUGGCUUCGGUCAGGACAAACUGAUGGCGAACACCGCCGAUUGCUGGGUUUAUAAAAAUAAGGAGCACGGAAUGCUCUCGGCAACCGCUUCUUUGGGACUGAUACACAUGUGGGACGUAGACGGUGGUCUGGUACCGAUCGACAAGUAUCUCUACACCAACGAUCACAACAUCAAAGCAGGCGCUUUGCUCGCGAUAGGUUUGGUUAACUGUGGUGUUCGCAACGAAUGCGAUCCAGCGUUGGCGCUCCUCAGCGACUACGUGUAUUCCGAAAACAUUACACUGAGAAUCGGCGCAGUUUUAGGACUGGGUUUGGCCUACGCUGGCUCGCAGAGGUCUGAUGUUACGGAACUUUUAACCGGAGUAUUGGUAGACGAAGCAAGUACCAUGGAAAUUGUGUCUCUCGGAGCAAUCGCGAUAGGUUUGAUAAACGUUGGCUCUGCCGACGCUGAAGCCUCGUCGACGCUUCUGCAGAGAUUGAUAGAGCUUACACCUCAAAAGCUGUCUAGUACCUACUCCAGAUUUCUACCGCUGGCGCUGGGUAUGAUCUACAUGGGUUGUCGCGACAUCAUAGACGCACCUUCAGCUGCGCUCGAAGUCUUACCUGACCCCUACAAGCUUGCUGCGCAGACUAUGCUGGAGGCAAUGCUUUCUUCUUUGUUAAAAUGUUCUAUGAUCUAUCAUAAUCUUCAGGAUUCGAAAAUAUUUCAUUGGUCUCAGGUGUGUGCAUAUGCCGGUACAGGAGAUGUAUUGAUCGUUCAAGGACUAUUACGAAUUUGUUCGGAACCGGCGAACGGCGAAGGCGUUCCCGUCACCCCGGUUAACAGUCCUACGAGCUGCUGCUGCGAUCAGCGGUCUCGAAUCGUCGAAUUUUCUGAGAAGAGAACGAAAGAGAAAUUAGAAGAGAAGCAUGCAGGAUCAAAGAAUAUUGGAUCGACGCAGGCCAUAGCUACCUUGGGUGUCGCUGCCGUUGGGUUAGGAGAGGGAAAAGAGGACUCGAGGAUCUUCGGACAGAUAGGAAGAUACGGUCCCACGGCUGCGAGACGCGCGAUGCCACUCGCUCUAGGUCUAUCCUUUUUGUCAAAUCCAGACUUGUCAGUCUUGGAUGUACUGAACAAAUACAGCCACGACAACGAUUCUGACGUAGCUAACAAUGCGAUCUUUGCUCUCGGUCUUGUCGGUGCUGGGACGAAUAAUGCGCGUCUCGCCACUAUGCUGAGGCAACUGGCCUGUUACCACGCGAAGAACCCCACGCACCUGUUCCUCGUUCGAAUUUCCCAAGGCUUGGUCCAUCUUGGCAAAGGUACGUUGUCGAUAUCUCCUUUGCGAUACGCUUCCAAGGUGUUGGACAAGGUCGCCUUAGCUGGAUUACUGGUAGUUCUGGUGGCGUUUCUUGAUUGUCAAAAUCUGAUCCUGUCGAAAUCACAUUAUUUGAUGUAUUGUCUGGCGCUUGCGAUGGAACCUAGAUGGUUGGUCACCUUGGAUGAAAAUUUGCAGAGUCUACCGGUGUCUGUGAGGGUUGGAAAGGCUGUAGACAUCGUGGGCAAAGCUGGCAAUCCUAAAUCCAUCUCUGGUGGAUACGUUCACACGACGCCAACGUUGCUUUCCUCCGGAGAAAGAGCAGAACUUGCUCUAGACGAGUACGAGGCGUUGUCCAGCGUUUUGGAGGGCUUCGUUAUUCUUCGAGAGAAAUCGAACGUUUCUUAGAUUUUCCGCUGGAAUAAUAGAAGAUAGUGGAUAAUAAAAGAACACGGCAGAUUGCGAAAGGCAACGCUGGGACAAGUGAUUUAUUUAUUUCAUGAGAUAGUAAUAAGAAAUACGAUCGACAGAAGUGUAUUAUGUAAGGCGAAGAAAUUACUAGGAACCAAAGUGCGAACGACGAAUCGUUUAUACGAUAUAUCGUAAUGUAUAAUUUUCCAUGCUGUUUUUAAUAAAAAGUAGGAGUAAAAUUUUCGAGAAAGAAGAGUCGUUUGAAGAAAAUCUUGUACAAUAACGGAUCGAUACCACACAUGUUUGUAACGCAUCACUUUGACAACGACGAGACGUGGAAAGUACGCAAGUGACACGAGCAAAGGUUCGAUCGCGUCGUUGAAUGCAUCGAUAAGAAUGCGAAGAGACCGCGUGAAUACUAGGCGUAGGUUUGCGUUCAUUUAAUUCGAGGGACUAGCGGAAGCAAUGUGCUCUAUACAACAGAAAUAUACAUUGGUUCGCAUUGCACGGUAAUAUAUGACACGGUGCACCAUGAUCUGACAGCGGUCACUAAAUUAAAAUACAUCGUUAACGCGUGACUCUUGUUCGAUUAAAAACGAGCCGGUAAAACGCAAUAGGACGAAAAGACAGAAAGGAAUUAAACAGAAGCGAGACGUAUGAGAGAAAACGAGAUGAAAAAACGUAAAAGAUGAUGCACGAUCGACGAAAGAAACGAAAGUAAGCUCGAGUAACGAUCGAAAUUUGGCUUCUAUCGAUAAAACAUUGCAAAUGAAAGAGGAAUAUUGCAGUUUAUUGGUUCUGAAAGUGUGUACAAAAGCGGACAACUAGGAAACGAGAAACGAUAUCACGCGGAUAAGAGAACUCUCUGUUCCUGUCCCUUUUUCGUUUGCUUUGCUAAAUAUACACACAAAUGAUAUAUUCUUUCACGCAGAGUACAUGGUUACUUUUCUCCUUAAAGUUUUUGUUUAUUUUUCUCUUCGUCUGGUGAGUUCGCAAAGUCGCAUUGCACAAGAUCAUGGAGCACGUUCCCAUCUUCUCGUAGCGAAGCCGUGAGAAAAACACUGCAAGAAAUUUCACGAACGUACGCAACGCGUACUUUAUCGAAAGUGCUCUCUCGCGACUUCACGUGUUCAGAAAUCUCCGCCGAUUUUUAUAUAUAUAUAUAUAUAUAGGCACGUAUGACUCAGGGCGAGGCGAAAUGUAGAAUAAAAUGUAAUUUUCAGCUCGUUCAAAGGACGCACAUCCCCGCGUGUAUGUUUUUCCCGCCAGAUCGAAAACGCACCCACCCCCCCAUCGUUAUUUACUUUUUUUUUCUUACGUUUUUCAUUGCGUUGCAGAGUCGCGACCGGUUCAGAUAUACGUUACGCUCCACGAAAUCGUACAAAAAUUUGUAUCCCGUUGGAUCAAAUUUAACGGUUGCAUUUCAACGUACGCACACCUUUUCUUUCGCGUCUUCAGCUUGCCGCCUGACAUACUCGCAUAAGGUAGAACAACUGUCUGUGAUAAAUGU